GAUAGUGGGGAGUGGGAUGUCCCCCUCCAUCUGCCUCCCCUUCGGGGGGGCUGAGAGCUGGUGUGGGCUGCUCUGGGGCGCAGGUCUGUCGCUGGAGAGCCUGCUGACCAACAUGAGGUGCAAGUGCAUCAAAUCGACCGCCCAGGUUAUCAACUUGGGACUGAUCCUCACCAUCGACGUCGUGCCACCUGGUCUGCACUGCCGGAGGAAGGAGAUCAUCCUCACCCUGAAGAAAAACAAGAGGGUGUGCGUGGCCCCCGAGGCGCCCUGGAUCCAGCUGCUCGUCCACAGGCUGACGCAGAGGUAUACUCGGGACAAAGCGGCAAUCUCCAACACCCCGGCGGGGCGAUGCCUCCCUCCUCACCUCUUCCUUCUUUCCGUUUCUUCCCUCCCACCAAACACGCAGGAAUGCCGCCAGGAGGGCAGCGGCGGCGCGGCCGCGGCGGGAGGCUCAGCAGCGGCCGUGCCCUUCCCCUCACGGCUCCCGCGCUCCGGCCCCGCCGCCGUCCCGAUCCACGCCAGCCCCGGGGCGCUGAAUUCCCGCUGGGACGGCAGCGGCACGACCGCUCCGCGCUGAGACACGCCGGGUGUCGCGGUACAACGCUGGCGCUUGCCCUGCUCCCGAGGUUUUGGCAGGGGCCGGGAGCCUUUCCCUGCCGCCCGACAAAAAAAAAAAGGCUUCCCCCCCCUAACAUCCCCAGGCAGCCGGCGUCUCCCUCCGCGUGGUGUGUGCCGCGAUAUUCCCGCAGGCUACCGCAGCCCAUCGAGGGCACCGUCAAUAAAUGAUGAAUGUGCU